AGCGGUGCCGGUUCCGUGUGCGCGGUUGGAGGCGGCCCCGCUCCCGCCCCGCCGCUCCCCGGGCGCGCAGCGGCUGCGGCUUCCCCUGGGGCAGGGCGCGGGAAGGAGGAGGAGGCUGCCGGCAGCUCCCUGCCAGAGCCGCUCCGCUGCGGCAUGGCUUUCGCUAAUUUCCGCCGCAUCCUGCGCCUCUCCACCUUCGAGAAACGGCGGUCCAAGGAGUACGAGCAUGUCCGCCGCGACCUGGACCCCGGCGAAGUGUGGGAGGUGGUGGGGGAGCUGGGCGACGGAGCCUUCGGCAAGGUCUACAAGGCUAAGAAUAAGGAAACUGGUGCCUUAGCAGCUGCCAAAGUCAUUGAAACCAAGAGUGAGGAUGAACUGGAGGAUUACAUGGUGGAGAUUGAAAUACUGGCAACCUGUGAUCACCGGCACAUUGUCAAGCUGCUGGGAGCAUUUUAUUGGGAUGGAAAGCUCUGGAUCAUGAUCGAGUUCUGCCCAGGUGGGGCAGUGGAUGCCACCAUGCUAGAGCUGGACCGGGGCCUGACUGAACCCCAAAUUCAAGUGAUUUGCCGCCAGAUGUUGGAAGCUCUCCACUACCUCCACAGCAAAAAGAUCAUCCACCGUGACCUGAAGGCAGGCAAUGUGCUCCUCACCCAGGAUGGGGACAUCAAGCUUGCUGACUUUGGAGUGUCUGCCAAAAACAUGAAAACCUUGCAGAAGAGAGACUCCUUCAUUGGGACCCCGUACUGGAUGGCCCCGGAGGUGGUGAUGUGUGAGACCAUGAAGGACACUCCAUAUGACUACAAGGCAGACAUCUGGUCCCUGGGAAUCACACUGAUAGAAAUGGCCCAAAUUGAGCCACCUCAUCACGAGCUCAACCCCAUGAGAGUCCUGCUGAAAAUCGCCAAGUCCGACCCCCCCACGCUCAGCUGCCCUUCGAAAUGGUCCCUGGAGUUCAGAGACUUCCUGAAGACAGCACUGGACAAGAACCCGGAGACGCGGCCCAGUGCUGCUCAGCUGCUGGAGCAUCCCUUUGUCAGUAAGGUGACCAGCAACAGAGCCCUGCGUGAGCUGGUGGCUGAGGCCAAGGCUGAGGUGAUGGAAGAGAUUGAGGAGAGUCGGGAUGAAGGAGAAGAAGACGACUCCUCAGAGUCUGCCUCUCUCCCUGGUAAGCACAAGCGGGACUCCUCUGAAGCAAGUCAGCUGAGUUUUGAUGGGGAGAAACCUCCAGACUCUUCCCUGCCUAAGGCAGUGAAUGGACCUGUGGGAACUGGCAAGGAGAUCGCAGAUGGACAGAACAAUAAAGUCUCAUAUGAAGGCAUGAGCAGUGAUAGUGACAAACUGGAGAGCAACCACUCCACAAAAACACUUGCCAGCUCUGCCACCUCAGGCACCCAGGGCAAGCCAGACAUCAUCUCACAGUCUGCACAGCAGAGUAACUCAGUGGAGGAGGGGGACAAGCAGCCUGGGCCAGGCAGCAAGGAGCAGAAGAGUAUUGGGGAGCAGCCAGACAGCAGCCACCUGGAGAACUUCACUGAGGAGAAGCUUACCAAUGGGAGCUUGGAUACCCUGGCUCCAUUCCCCAGCAGCAAGUCCAAAGGGGAUUCGGAUUCUGGGAGUACUUCAGCCUCUGAAAGCAUGGACCUCACCAUCUCUCUGUCUGCUGACCUGUCCCUCAACAGAGAGAGUGGCUCCAUCUCCCUGAAGGAUUCUCGGAUGCACAAGAAGACACUGAAACGCACCCGCAAGUUCGUGGUGGAUGGAGUGGAGGUGAGUGUCACCACCUCGAAGAUCAUCAGUGAAGAUGAGAAGAAGGAUGAAGAGAUGAGGUUUCUCAGGCGCCAGGAACUGCGGGAGCUGCGGCUCCUUCAGAAAGAGGAGCACAGAAACCAGGCCCAGCUGAACAGCAAACACCAACUGCAGCUGGAGCAGAUGCUCAGGCGCUUUGAGCAAGAAAUGAUGACAAAGAAGAAGUUCUACGACACUGAACUAGAAAACCUUGAACGGCAGCAGAAGCAGCAGAUUGAGAAGAUGGAGCAGGAUCAUUCCCUGCGUCGGCGGGAGGAGGCCAAGCGCAUUCGCCUGGAGCAGGAGCGAGACCAUGUCAAAUUCCUGGAGCAGCUGAAGCAGAUGAAGAAGGAGGUCAAGAAUGAGAUUGAGAAGCUGCCCCGGCAACAGCGCAAAGGGAACAUGAAGAUGAAGAUGGAUGAUUUCGCCCAGAAAAAACAAACCAUGGAACAGGAGUUUUUGGCCAAGCAGAAGGAAAACCUGGAGCUAGCCAUGAAGAAUAUAACUGCCCAGCACAAAAAAGAGAUCUGCAACAAGGAACGCGAGUGCCUGAACAAAAAGCAGCAGCUCAUGAGAGACCGGGAAGCAUGUAUCUGGGAUCUAGAAGAGCAUCAGCAACAGGAGAAACACCAGCUUAUCAAGCAGCAGCUCAAGGAUCAGUAUUUCCUCCAGAGGCAUGAGUUGCUACGGAAGCAUGAAAAGGAAAGGGAACAAAUGCAGCGAUACAACCAGCGCAUGGUAGAGCAGCUGAAACUUCGGCAGCAGCAGGAGAGAGCCCGGCUUCCCAAAAUUCAGAGGAGUGAAGGGAAGACACGCAUGGCCAUGUACAAGAAGAGCCUUCACAUUCACUCCAGUGGGAGUGCAGCUGAACAGCGGGAAAAGAUAAAACAGUUUGCUCAACAGGAAGAGAAGAGGCAAAAAGCAGAGAGGCUGCACCAGCAGCAGAAGCAUGAGACACAGAUGAAGGACAUGCAGGCACAGUGUGAGAGCAACACGAAUGAGCUCCAGCAGCUGCAGAAUGAAAAGUGUCACCUUUUAAUUGAGCAUGAAACCCAGAAGCUCAAAUCUUUGGAUGAGAACCACAACCAACACAUGAAGGAGUGGAGGGACAAGCUGAGGCCAAGAAAGAAGGCCCUGGAGGACGAGCUGAACCAGAAGAAGCGUGAGCAGGAGAUGUUCUUCAAGAUGAACGAGGAGGCAGAUGGACAGACCCCAGUAUCCCCAACCAAACAUGCCAAGUUUGUCCCAUUCAGCUCUGCAGAGAGCUUGUAACACCAAGCAGCUGGCAGGCCACCAGCUGGUACUUGCUGUGUCCACCUGGGCUGUAGAUGGGCAACUUGGACUUGAAAACCCUCUCAGCAGCCUCUUGUCACAGCAGCACACUCCUAUCCCCUUGCUCUCUCUGGGAUAAUCAUGGCCUCUGUCCUGCAGUGGGGGAUGCUGACUGGAAGUUUUGGUGGCUUUUCCAGGAGCUGAUCUGCUCAGCACAGCUCCAGGCUGGGAAGCCAGGCAGGACCCUUUCUGUUAUCAGACUUGCACUGUUAGCUGGGUGUGUUGCCUUCAUGGUGAGCCUGGUCAGCUCAGACUGAAGCAAUAACUGCUCCAAACGGGAGGAACAGGUGAUGGCCCCUGCCCUCCUCACAAGGGUUAUCAAACUCUCUUUCCUCUGUGGCUGCUCCUCCUCCUGGUCCUCUGUAAGGACUAUUCUGGGGCAGAGCAGCUUUGGCAUUGUCCGAGGCUAACCUUGGCCUUGUGGCCCCAAACACUUGCCUUAGGUUUAUUUCUAUUUACUGUGGCCAUUUUUGACUUCAAGGAGAGACAGUGAUUUAGAUUUAUCCUUUGAAGAGAAGGGGCUGUCUUUUUUCUUUCCUCUCCCUCCCCAUACAGACUGUGCAGAAAAGAGACCAGCUGAGUGUCUUUCCAAAGAUGCUUCUGCUGCUUUGUUUGCUGUGGUUGCUGGCACCACACUCCCUCUGGCACCUAAGUAACACUGUCUUGUGAGAGAUUGGACUGUGGUGUAAUUAAACUGCUCAGCUGGCUGCAGGCUUUUGUCUCUUAAAGAAAUGUAUGUGCAUGUGCAGGGGGGAGGUCUGUAAUGGCACUCAGUCUUGCAGUGACACAGUGAGGUAUCAGUCACAGUCUUGUGCCUUUGCAGGACAAGUGAGAGCCAGAAGGAUGUUAUGAACCAGAAGGGUGUUAUUGUCAGAGUUCUUGUGAUCCACACAUGUGCUUGAGAUUUUUUUUUAAGUUCAAUAUAUGCAUUGGCCACAUGGGUCAGCCAGCAGUCUGCUCUGCAGUCAGGGUUAUGGGCUGCAAAGCAUCAUUUGAAAGGAAUAAGGGAGUCUUGAAACAAGGUAUGCAAGGGAAGAGGAGAUGCAAAGACAGGUCACAGUGGCUUGUUACUCUCAGCAUUGUUUUCCUCACUGAUGUCUCAUCUCCUUACCAUGUUUCUUGGAUGAUUCUCCUGGCAUUCAUCUGGGAUUUGUGCUGCAGAGCAGUGGCAGGUCCAGCCCUCUGUCCUUCCUGCUCCAUGGCUCUGCAUUCUGGCUGGGCUGCACAAGGCACUGCUUGGCUGAGCUGCUGAGAAGGACUCGGAGCACAGACCUGGGUGGGAGGAUGGAGACCUCACUGGGCAUCACCUUUACACAACCAAAAGUUGUAAGGUAGCACUUAAUUUUUUGUCUGUGUUGAUCUGUGGAAAAUACUGUUUGUUUCAGGCCUUCUUCCCUAGCAAGGAAAGGAAGUUUCUGCUUAAAAAAAAAAAACAAAAAAACCCAAACACCCCCCCCCCCCCAAACCACAAAUGUUGCUAUUUUAAAGUCUCAUAUGUUGAUUUACAGACAUAAUGGCACUUCAGGAAAAGGUGGUAUGGGAUGUGCUACACUUUUAGGUACCUAGCUGAAGGAGUCUGCCCCUGGGUCUGUAACACCUACAUAUUUAUGAGUUUCAUGUAAACUAGCAGAAUUAUAUUUGGGCCAUUCCAAGUUUAUUCUGGCUCCACACCACUAAUGUCUCUGCUAAUAAACAUAGCUUAGAUUUACAUCUGAGGGCUGGGACCCUUUGAAAGGAGACUGCACAGCAGCUUUUCAGUAAUGAGCCUGUCUUCCUAGCAGAACUGCCUGUCCCAUCUCCAAAAGCAUUGGCUGUGCCUUUCAGAUAGAAUAGGGCCAGGUUGGGAGCUGCUGGAAAGUUAAUAAAUGCAGAGAGUUGUUCCUGGAUCAGGACAGUAUUCUGGUUUGAGCCUUAUAAUUGCAUUAGAAAUCUGCUAUAGCAAGCCCAGCGGUUUUAUUCCUGGUCCCAGGCGGGUCAGGCUGGAUAUUUUCUAUGAAAUGGUUGUCACAGUAAUCAGUACUCGGUGCCAAGUGUUACACAUGACUUUCAGAAGGAUGUCCUGGAGCAGAAUGUUGAGAACACACCUCCUCCAGCUGAAGGGCAUUGCUGCCCUUUUCACCAGCCCAGGGAGUGUCAGCUCUCUCUGGAUAUUGUGCAGCCAUGAGGAAGGAGAUGAUCUGGGGGGCUUUUAAAGGGCUGAUGUUAUACCCCCAUGGUAAAUCAAUUGUCAUUUUCUUACUUUCAGCCCAGAGGUAGCAACAGUUUUGCCUUUGCUAACAGAGGGCCCACCCUCCGGAUUUGUCUCCUGCUCCUUUCCCUGUUCUCUGUUCCCUAUCCAGGUGUUUCAGGGCUCUGGUACCAUGUCCUUCUCUUAGAAGAGGGCAGGGGAGCAUAUCUUCUGAAUGUUGUGUUUACAGGGUGGUUGUUUUUUCCCCCCAUUCAGAAGAGAAUGCGUUAUUGUUUCCUGUUCAGAAGGAACCAUGAAUAAACCCAGAAUUUUUUUUUUCAGGGGGCAAUGUGAUGCCAUUUUAAUAUAUGUGGCUUUGAAUAAAAAGGGUUUUUUUAAUAUUUUGUAAAGUGCCUUUGGUGAGGCCACCACUAUGAUGUAAAGAUCCUUCUAAUAAAGUAACAAACUGAGAA